AUGCAAACUGGACCAAGCCGGCACCGCCCACAGAAGCUAGACCUGUCGUCUGUAGCUAGCAGCCAGGGCCCAGCCACUGCCAGGGGACCGUUGACAGCUCGAGAUGGACUGGCCAUGCAUGACGUCGGCCUUGCAUGUCUAUCCCCUGGGUUCCAAACGCAGGAUCCUAACAUGAGAGAACAGCUGCAGAGAAGCAUCUCUGUCAGAGACCAGCAACGUUCUAUAAUUGAGUCUCGCCUACAGAAAUCUGCCAAGGGUGACGGUCCGGAUUCAGUCAAACCCUCAGAAUCAAAUCUCUUUGGCUCCGCUGCACCAAAGUCGAGCAAGAAGCGGCCACCCCCAGGGCUGUCCAUUGUUGCUCCGUCUGCUGCCACUUUCGCCGACGAAAGAGUCAUUCAAUCUGCACCGCUCAACCAAACAUUCACUGGCCGCCAUCAGCCACCACCUCUAACUCGCCGUUUUAUCAACCCUCCAGAUUUUACCGCUUCCCCCCAGGUAAAUCACAACCCAGCCAACCAGACCAACAACCGGUUGCCUCCAAUAUCAGACGUAUUUGGCACCGAUGCUUUAGGCCCACGAGACAGAGACAGAGAUAGAGAUCGUGAAGCAAACUCUCGAAAUGGAUUCGGCCCACACUCUCAAUCCAACAACCAUGGGCCCCUUCCUUCUCCCAGCAUUCCUGCCAAUCAACCUAAUAGCGCAGCAACCAAACGACCCCGGGAAUACCGUUCUGCCGAGGAAGCAGUGCAUGAACUCGCUGGUGGGCGCGAGGAUCUUCUUCCCCGAAUAGUUCAUUACAGUGGGAACAGGGCCAACAGCCCUCGAUCACCUGCAGGGGCCCACAACGGAAACGGGGAGGGCCACUCUUCCCACCCACCACAACAUCACCAACCACAUACUAGCGGCGGACCACCCAGCAGCCAAUUCCCUAGUCAAUCGUCACUUGGAUUCCCCGGUUCAGGUGCUCGUCGACGCACUAGAAACGAGUAUGAGCAGGAUCAUGGCAGCCCGCCUCUUGGAAACGGCCCCGAGCACAGAUAUAGACCUCCAACUUCACAUGGGCCCUUUGGAGCUGGACGAGAUUCGCCUGAUACCCAGCGAAGGAAGAAGGAAGAGUUCUUAAGUUUAUGUGCUCGUGCAUGGGACUUGUUCCAUUCAUAG